AACCACCAAGCUAGUGUGGAGUGAUAGUUACCUUUCUUUCUCCAAAUUUGGUAUUUCUUCUGUUUCUGUUUGUGAGUGAGAGGAGAUCUUUUGGUUCAAAAUUAACCCAAGGAAUGGCAGAAGAGGAGGCGCCUAAGAAGUUGUUGGAAACCCAGACUCCCGCACCAGAACCCACCACCGAAGCUCCAAUAGACGUAGCUGAGCACAAAUCCCUAGUUCCUCUUCCUCCUCCUGAGGCCAACAAGGCCGAUGAUACCAGAGCCCUCGCAAUUGUUGAAACCAUUCCAGAUACUGGAGAACAGAAAAGUUCUGAGGGUUCUGUUAACAGAGAUGCUGUGCUGGCACGGGUUGCAACAGAGAAAAGGUUGUCCCUAAUCAAAGCAUGGGAAGAAAGUGAGAAGUCAAAAGCAGAGAACAAAGCUCAUAAAAAGGUAUCUGCUAUUGUAGCAUGGGAGAACAGCAAGAAAGCUACAGUAGAAGCCGAGUUAAAAAAGAUUGAGGAGAAAUUGGAGAACCUGAAGGCAGCAUAUGUGGAGAAAAUGAAAAACAAGUUAGCUCUCCUCCACAAGGCAGCAGAAGAACAGAGGGCAAUGAUUGAAGCAAAACGUGGUGAAGAUCUUCUCAAGGCAGAGGAGAUAGCUGCAAAGUAUCGUGCCACCGGAACUGCUCCAAAGAAACUCCUUGGAUGUUUUUGAAGUUGAAAGAAUCAAGUCUGGUUCGAAAUAAUGAAUUUCUGUUUGUAAAUUAUCUUCUUUGGGCUGUAUUUGUUUUUAUUUUAUUUUCUUUUUUCUUUCUUAUUUUUUUGGAUGUAUUGGGUGCUUAUUUGGUUGACAAGUUAGCGUUCAUAAUUAUGUGUGCAUAGUGGUGAAUUUCUAUGUAUAGACGUACGAUUGUGGACAAAAUAGCUGAGUGAAUUUGUAAUGAACAAGUGUUAGUGAUACAUGAUUGCCAUUUUCCA